GAUAAGACGCGAUAACCGUUGACUGUGUGCAAGAACUGAGAACAGCACUACUGCAGAGAACAAUAGUAUUUGUGAAGUAUGAAUGAAUCGCGUUAGUUCAUUUAUCGUAAGUUGUUUUAUGUUUAUUGUGAUGUUCUCGUGUCGGGUCGCAAACAUUACACAAAUACACAAUUCAACAAUUGUCAUGUCACAACCCCUUUUUUAAACAAUAAAAUCUGCUAUCGUCACUACUGAAUGGCAAUGCCAUUGCUGUGAUUUCUACCAACAAAAUUUGAGUGAUCAUCAUCAGCGUACUGACGAUGGUUGGACGCACGGCAAAGAGGUCAUCGGAUGAUUGCGUUUUUGCCGACACCAAGAAAAAAAAAAUUUCUAAAGAAAAGGGAGAGACAGAUGCGGUGGUGUCCAAUGAAAAAGCGUCUACGCUCUGCAACGGAGACUUGAGGCAGAAAAAGGCAUUUUUUGCAUAUUUCGGUAAAUCAUUUGAUGAGGGCAAAAACAGCACUACUGUUUACAAUGGUGGCAAUUCGAAAACCACCGAUUCCAACCACAGUGUGACAAAACAGAACAUCAUCGUCAAAACUAGUAGUUGUGGUGAUAGUUCAAAAACUCCGUUAGUCAUUAACACAAAGAAAAAAGAUAUUCAGCUGCCCAAUGACGCUGUUUGUAUCAUUAAGAGUAAUGCCAAUUUGCCUUAUAUCAGUAGUUUUGUCGAAGAAUUCGGAUGUUUUCCUAAGAUCACACACACUAACCAUCCGACAUCUUUGAGGUCAUCAGAUCCUAUACUCUGUUUGAAGGAAGAAGUAUUCCAUGAAAAUUGUAAUAAAAACUCUAUUCUUACAUUUAAAACUGUUCACUCUCUACCUAAACGCCUAGUAUUAGAGCCCUACCAAAUGGAAAUUAAUUUUCCAUACAUGAUUUCAUCUUUAAAAACAUCUGUACCAAAUUUUCCAGUUUCAGAUUUUCAUAAGAAUUUGAAGAAAAAACAUUUAGUGGCAAAGAAAUCUACAACAGAUAUUGAAUCUAUGUGGAUUGAUAAAUAUAAGCCAAUGUGUAAAGAAGAGGUGCUUGGUAAUGGUAAACUUGUUAAGGAUUUGAAGAAUUGGUUAGCACCUAAUAAAAAAAAUUCUAAAAAGCCAAAAAAAGGUCAAAAGUAUGAUGAUGAUGAUGAUUUUAUCUUUGAUAGUGAUAGUGAAUCUAGUUGUAAACAACAACUUAACUUAGCAAUUUUACUUGGACCAAGUGGUUGUGGUAAAACUAGUACAGUUUAUGCUGUAGCCAAUGAACUUAAUGCAAAUGUGAUAGAGCUGAAUGCUUCCUGUAACAGAAAUGGAAAACGUAUUAUUACUGAUUUAAUGGAAGCUACACAAUCACAUGCAGUGGAAAAAAACUGUUUAUUAAAUCUAAUAAAAGGAAAAAAAAUUAAAAUCAAAAAACAUAAGACGAAAGAAAAAGCAAAUGAAAAAAUGACAAUUAUUUUAAUUGAAGAUGCUGAUAUAUUCUUUGAAAAUCAUGAUGAUGGAUUUUUAGCUGCAAUAUCAACUUUAGCUACAGAUUCAAAACGACCAUUAAUUUUAACAGCAAAUGACCCUUUUAGUAAUCAUUUGUUGAAAUUUUUCUUGUCUAAUGAAACUUUACAUUUUAUCCAUCCACCAAAAGAAGAUUUAAAUUGUUUUCUACAGUUAAUAGCGUUAAACGAAGGAGUCAUUAUGACAAAAGACGAAAUAAAUGCAUUUAUCCACCCAUUUAAACCUGAUAUUAGGCAGAGUACUCUUCAAUUACAAUAUGUUUUGAGUAGCGGAGAAAUAGAUCAGAAAGUCCUAAAUCAACAAUCCGAAAUGAGUUUAAAUUCUAUUUGGUGGAAUUGGCCGCAUAUGAUUGGUUGUCAUUCGACUAGCGUAGAAGACACCAAACAACCAAAGUGCAAUGUUGAUAUAUCUACAAUAUCUCGAAAUCUAGAUAUUAUGUCAGAAUUAAACUUAAUCUAUUCAAAAACGCAGAGUUACAAUUUCUUAGACCCACAACCGUUUUGGCAUCACCUUGCCACGAGGGAUAGUUCUAGUUUAAUUGAAACCCAUCAUUGGUCAGACAGUUCUAUUCUGCUUUCCACGGAUAUUACUCAAUGGAUAUACAACCAUAUAAAUACACGAGAUAAUAUUCCAGAAAAACUUUACCCCACUUCUGAGGAAUUAAAUCUUCGUCAAAGAACAUGGAACACAUCUAAGGACGUGCUAGAACAAAUAGGCUUAGAUUAUUGUAAUCGAAAAAAUGAAACGAGUUAUGAUUAUUUAUCUACUAUACGAUCUAUGUAUAAGAAUCAACACAUAAAUCAAUCAUUUGUAAACCUGAGGAAUUCAAAAAUGUUUUCAUACUUGAGACAGAUUAAUAUUAACGUUGACAACAAAGAUUUAAAUUAUUUGUGUGACUCUUUUCACUCGGAUUCUAAUAAUUAUGAUCCCCAAUUGGAAAUAUCAGACCAGUUUUAGUUGAUAUAUAUCUAUUGGUUUUUAAUGAAAUAUUUGUAAAAUAUUUUUAAUCAUUUAUAUUAUUACUUUUAUAUCAUAUUUGUUCGAUACAAUUGAUCUAUCAGCACUUAUCAUUUUAUUUAUAAAAAAAAAUUAAAAUAUUAUUAAAUUGUAUCCUAACCAAUCAUGUUCUAUACAGUUUUAAUUCUUUUAUUUGUAUAUAAAUUAUAAUUGCUAUAUAAAUUUAUAAAUACUUAUUUAAAUUGUGUAUAAUAUAUUAAUAGAUAUAUAUUUAUAGAUUAUUAUAUUUUCUCAAAUAUUUUUGUUCAAAAAAAUUAAACUGUUAUGACAUGCUACAUUAAUUAGUCUAUUAGAUUCUGAGCGGAGCGAAUAAAUGGUAUUGGUUUUAUAAUGAUAU